AUUUACGGUUCGAAAUCGUAGUAUGGAGCGGGUUUUUGAGUCUGGUGACGAUCCACGAACUCACUGUAAUAGAAAACAACACUAGCACCAAAAGCCAUCAAAUCAUAUUAUUACUAUAAUCAUCGUGCCAAAUCAAGCUGCGGUAGUAGCGCCAGCAAAUUACAACGAAGAAUUUCAGGAAUCUAUCUCGGUAUCUGCCGACAUAAAAUAUCUGAUUACAUCGCACCGACGAUUUUAACUAGGUGGAAAAGAACAUUCCAAAUUCCAAUCGUCACACACAGUCCACUACUUGUACACAGCCACAAGACUUUAUCCGUGGUCCAGACCACUGUAAGUCGAUCGUUGAAAUCGGGUGUAGAUCUAAACUAUCAAAAAAGCCGGAAUCAUGACGGCGUGAAUCUCAGGGAUAUGCUCGACUUGCCUUGGCUCUCUCGUCCAUUUGUUCUCCCAAUCUAACGAAGUUGUUCUUUCCUUCGAAGCGUAGAUCCAGACCGAAUUGAUUCAAUACGAGUCGACAUCUUACCGUACGAUACGAUACAUACUUAUUGUCAGCUCAUGAUCUGAGUAGCUAGCACAGGAAGUGGCGUAGAAUCCACCAUGGUCGCUUCUUCGAACUCUGUCACCGUCGCUAGGGGGGGGGUUGGCGCUAGCAGGGAUGAUACAGUACUGGACGAUCUGCUCCUCUCCCGUUGUGGGACAUCACCACACAUCAUGCGCAGAAGAAUGAAUAGCCCUAGCUCGAGCACGGCAAAUCGGAACCCACAAAAGGAAUCGUCACUGACGGCUUCCAACACCCGGAAGAGGCUCCAAGUCGAGUUAGAAAGACAAAGACUCUUUCCCCCUCUGAAUGAUGGCAAGAAUAGCACCAGCAGCGGUACCGUCAUGAACAAAAACAAUACCAACCAACAUAUGCGAAGAGUUCGGAGCGACAAUCUGGCUCAAUCGAAACGCGACGAUCCUUCCGUUCGUAGAUCGAUCUUUGGUCCCUACUUUCAAGAAAAACCUCGUUCUAAUUCGGUGCCUCACUUGGUACGCAGCCAGCUCCCGCCACCACCCCCACCUCUCACGCCGCCCCUAGAAAUCGACUCUCCAGUACCAGCCAGAGAGGAACCACAGGCCCCAAUACGAUCCUUUCGACGAUCGUCCUCGGAUUUUGUCGUCGCUUCAAAAAAGAACGGCGACAAGAAUGAUGGAAGACAUCGCCGAAAAAGCCAAGAGCAACUCCACCGCCACAAUCUCCCCGUCGACUACAGGGUCUUCGCGCCAUCUCAGCACCAAGCGGCGACCUCUGCGAUAUGCUACCGAUACCGAGAACUCAACCGAGACCACGAAAAGGAGUACGAUUCGGUGCUAGAGCGGCAGGUAAGCGUCGAACACUCGCUUCCGCCGUUUCCGAGUCCCCUGAUACGAUUCUGUUCGGAAACGACCACGACAGUGGCAGGAAACGAUUCGUUUUCCUUGAAUACGACACACCCCAAUGGGAUCCGCCGGUCUAGCUCUAACAUUUCAUCUCACGACAGAGAAAUACACUACCACGGUGUGUAUUCGUUGUUGACGCCGAUUUCCAUCCUGAGACCCUCUCGGUACGCCGGAAGCAAAAGGGAGAGUAGCAGUGACUCGAACGUAGCAGUCGAUACAGGUGUGAUAUCUCAGGAUAGUGCGGGCGUCACUAGUUAUACGCGUUCCAACAACAAGAGAAAUGCAACGAUCGAAGAAGAGGCAGAAGAGGGUCACCACCAUCUAUCAGCCUCGAUGUCGGCGUCCUUCAAUUUUCCUCGAUCGUACAUCGACUCGUCGCCAAUUCUCAAGGCCUUUGUGGCAUCGCCCACCGACGAUGGUUCUUUCUCUGGCAUCCAUCUGGUAGAAGAAAAGAAGGAAAGUGAUAUUGCGCCCCAAGUACCUCUCGGUGCCGCCUCGGUUGCUUCUUCGCUCAAACCUACCAAGUUCCUUGCUCCGGAUAUAUCACGAAGCGACGAAGCCCUCGACGGCCGCCCGAGUUCCGGCAUUACGGCUGCAGCAACCGAUGGCAAAUUCGAGAAAGACACUUUUUCCGACAAGGAUACAACUGACACAGUGGUAUUGAAACAACCCCUACAACAAGAACAACAACAAAAGCUACGGUUCGACCCACGCGUUACGGUCACCGAAUUCGAGGAUCCGAUCCCUCGAAAGUGGUAUGACGAAAACGAACUAGACCAGCACAAACGAGAAGCCAUAGCAAUUGCUCAAAACUAUCUCCGGCAACACCGGGCAGUGGCCGAAUGGUACCGGCGGUCAACGCUCGAUCCGGUCACGAAUACGUAUCGAAAGAAGGCUCUGUUUUCAUUACCCGUCUUCUCGUCGAUGUACUCGGACAACAGAACCGAAAAUAGUCAAGAAAGCCCAAGGGGUGCGAUCGUUCCAUCGGAGCCGCGGAUCCGGAAGAUCCUGAUCGUGGAACCUAACCCCGCGAUUCUGUCCCUCUUUCACAAGAGCAUGAAGUCCAUGUUUGAAUCCGCUGAAAUCGUGGCCGCCCGGUCGUCCGAAAAAGCGCUACGGCUGGUAGAGGAAUCCAUCGCGCCAACGCGACACGAUGCCGCCGCCUUUGACAUCAUUGUGAUCGAGCAGGCUUUGGCUAUCCGAGGGAACCACGGAGCCAAGCGGUCCGAUACGUGUCUUCCCGGACUGCUGGGCAUGUUCCUUAAGAAGAAUCACGAACCAAUAAUUUCCGCAGUGCCAUCGACCAAGAUUCACCGCGGUUCAGAGCUCAUCGAGCAGCUUCGCGAGCUAUCGCUGGAGCAACAAACGCAGUUCGGCAACGCUGACCCUCCCCGUUCAUCGUUGCUGAUCGGGGUGUCGCUCCGCCCCGAGCGCGACGGGGCUGCGAUGCGCCAGGCUGGUGCGGACCUUGUCUGGGGGAUACCCAUUCCGAGCGUAGGAAGGAACCUUCGUAACGACUUGGUUUCGAAACUGCAAGACAAGCGGUCAGCGACUGCGAGGCCGACUUCCACCCCGUUGCUCCCGGAUCAAUCCAAUCCCGAAACAAAGUGAAACGCUGUUUUUUUGGGGGUACAGAAAACGCCUUCCCUGGCUUUUGCGUACGCUUCGCAAUCGGCCCAUAGGAACAUUUUGAUCUAAUGUACAUAAAACAGAUUCAUAUUU